AUUAGUAGACUGAAAGGAAAGACAAUUAUUUUACAUGUUUUGGAAGAACGUGAGCAUUAUUAUUACGCUAAUUGUAAACAUUUUACCUUCUUUGUUUCAAAUGUGUUUCUUUGGUCAGUUCACAAGCCCUGAGAAAAAGCUCACCUGUGUGUACUGGAGAAUCAGUGCCUGGAUCGAGGAUGGUUGCCAUGUCAGCGAGACCAACUCUACACACACCGUGUGCUCCUGUGAACACCUCUCCACCUUCGCCCUGAUCAUGACGGUUGAUCAAACCCUGGAUAGUAACCCUGUGGUGGACGUGCUGAACACCAUCUUCGUGUUUAUCGGCCUUGUGUUCCUGACCCUGGCUGUGAUGACCUUUGCCCUCUGUCGACGGAACCCCAGGGUGUCCAACGUGUCUCGUCUCAACCUCUGUGUGUGUCUGCUGCUGGCUCAACCCCUCUUCCUGUUCACUCAGAGCUUCCUCCACCUCAUCAGGCCCAAUGAGGUGUCGUGUAAGGUGCUGGCAGGCAUCCUGCACUUCCUCUUCCUGUGUUGUUUCAUGUGGAUGUCCAUAGAGGCCGUGCUGCUCUUCCUGUCUGUACGGAAGCUCAAGCAGGUCAAACCUAAUGACCGGGCGGGGCUACAUUGGAAGCUCAGCCUCCUGAUUGGCUAUGGGAUCCCACUGAUCAUAGUGGGCGUGUCUGCCUCAGUGUGGCCUGAUGGAUAUGGCAGUCACAAGUGCUGGCUCAAGACAGAGAAUGGAUUCGUCUGGAGUUUUCUUGGCCCCGCAUACUUCAUCCUGGCUGGCAACACCAUACUCUUCCUCACCAUCCUCAUCACUAUUCACUCUACCCUGAAGGGGGCACAAAGCGACGUGUCAAAGUGCAAGUACACCAGGUAAGAU